UCUGUCCAAACGCAGUGAGGACCAGAAGCCACAGCUGCCUGCAUCUUUUUCACAUAGACCGAGUUACAGUCAAAAGGCAGACCAUCACAUAAUUCGUGAAGAUUGAACAGGGACACAUCCAGGACAACAGGGCACGCCUGAGUCAACGCGCCUCACUGCCCGUUCCCGUAAGCUCUGGCAAACGUCAAGCACCAUCGGACCCAUCCACUGAACAGGAUAAAAAUGCCGUUUUUCGGAUGGAUGAAAUGGCCAAAGUACGAGUCCUACAAACCCACACAAUACUCAGGCUCAGAUGUAGUGACAAAAACUCUGCUUCGGGAAUUGAAAUGGCAUCUAAAGGAGCGAGAGAGAUUAAUACAAGAGAUGGAAAAUGAAAAACAAGUGAGAAGAACAGGUGUGGAUUACAACUGGCUGAGGAGCGACCAGAACCCCCACGUGAAUCCAGCUGCUGAACAAAGACAGCUUGAAGUUCUCUGCUCCCAAGUUCAACCUCGCCAAACGGGAUCCGUUCUCAGCAGAUUUCGAGAAGUUCUAGCAGAAAAUGAUGUCCUGCCCUGGGAAAUAGUCUACAUCUUCAAGCAAGUUCUGAAAGAGUCCGUGGGCCACCCCGGGGGCUGUGCGGGCCCCGGGGGAAGCGCCGACAAGGAGGAGAUCCCCACUAUCUCAAGUUCCGUGGACAGGAGCACGGACGGCAGGCUCCCCAGGCGCCCACCGGCCUCAUACAGAACAUGGAAGCUGCCGAACUCCCACCCCUCCAGCUAAGCUGCUCUGACCAUCUCACAUCCGAACUUGAACAGUAACAAUAAGAAAAAGUGAUACAACUUCACUGUUCUCCUUGU